CAUAUAACUUCCAUCAUCUCGCUUACGAUUUUCAGAAGCCAGGCCGCCUACAAAGGUCAAGCUUAUUUACACCAGGGCCGAUGAUGGGGAACCGUGCAUACCCCCGAAUCCUUACCGAUGCAACAUCGACUGUGCACCUAGGUCCGAAAAACAAUGGACUUGCUUCUUUUUGCGCACAUGGAAACAUCAAUGAAAACGCCUGCCCGAUCUAAAGGUUAGGGUUGCCCAGUAAGCCCCGUCCGAGACCCGUUGAGGACCAGACCUCGUCCGUUCAAAUUAGGACAUAUUUGCCUAGGAUGUAUGGACCCCUGCAGCAGCGACAGCUAUUUGGCUGACGAGAGACCCCAAUGUCAAUCGGGUCAAUAAGAUCUCUCAUCAGUCCCGCUUACAUAUGAACUUCUAUUUUUCUCACCACUUUUGUGAAAUAUUUCCUUCUUUCUCUUCCAUUCAUUUUCUUACUCUGGCUCUGCUUGGUAAAUUCGAGCCUUGACGCUAUCAUGAGUACCGUUAUUUUGUGCUGGCACCCGAUCUCUCGCGACCUAUAAGGAUCUCAGAAGAGCCGACGCGCUCUCACAAAAUGGCGAAACUCACGUCGCUAUUUCAGAUAUCAAUAUGGCUUUUAGCCGGACAGGUGUCGUGCGGCUCGAUCGCAGCGUGGUGGAACACAAGAGGACCCAGUUUCAUAAUGCAGGACGACGAUACAGGCGGUAUACGAUAUAGUCUCUGCAACAGCAACUCCACGCCAAUAUUCCCGGACGACAAGACUCUCGCAGCCCCUUUCUACAAUUACAUUCCCAAGAACAAGACGAGUUUGGCCGCGUCCGGAUGGACGGAUAGCGAGACCGCCUGGGCGUCUAUCUUCUAUUUGGAUAACAACGACGAAAUUAUUAAUGCGUUAUUGAAAUGCGAUUGGAACACGGGGCAUUGGCAAAACACGGGCGAAUAUAUCACUUCGGGAGGUUCGCCUAAAGUGUCGCCGACCUCGGCUUUAUCAGUCGUGCUGCUAGGGUCCAUGGAUGGGUAUCGCGUUUACUACAACGACCUCGAGGGAUCUCUGCACCAGAUCGGGUAUACUACCGCCACGUCGUGGGCGUACUAUGGCCUCGUUUCCAACGACAAGACUUCGGCGCAGGCCAUCGGGUCCACCUUCUCCAAGAAGAACAUCACGGUGAUGAGGCCUAGGGAUGACAACAACAUAGGGGUGUCGCGCCUGUUCAGCGACAACCUGUGGCAUCUCUCCACCUUCCCGGAACCCCUAGCAGGAAGCAACGCGACCAACGCAACACAAGCAGCAAACCUAACCGUAAGCUCGAGCGCAGCCAACUUCAGCCUCCCGGCGUGGAACGGCAGCGCGUCGGCGCUCGCGGUCAGCAUCGACGACGCGUACACGCGCAGCGUCUUCUACAUCGGGACGGACCGCAACAUCCACCAGAUCAGCAACAAGGACUACGCGUGGAGCGUGUCCGACCCACCCUCCGACACCGCCGCCGCAGCCGCGUGGCCCCAAGCCGACGUCGCGGGCGGACCCAUCGGCAUCGCGAACGCGUUCGGCGCCGACGUGCUGCGCCUGUACUACGUCAGCGGCGGGCGCGUGGUCGAGGCCAACGGCGACGGCGGGACGUGGGCCGCCGCCGCGGCGCUGCCGAGCUACAACGCGAGUCAGGCCUCUUCUUCUUCCUCCUCUUCGUCUAACUCGACUGGUUCCGCGGACGGUGGUGAUGAUGGGAAUGGAGGGUUGAGCGACGGCGCGAAGGUGGGGAUUAGCGUCGGGGUUACGUUGGGCGUUAUCGCGGUGGCGGGGAUGGGCGUCGCGUUGUGGUUCUUGAGGUACCGACAGCGCAAGAUUGAUGAGAGGAAGGCGAAGGAGGCGGCGGGCGAGGGCCCGGCUUUGGGGCCUGGUGCUGUGGGCCCCGGGAGCGCGUACGGUGGGCCGUCGGAUAAGACGGUGAGUAGUCAUGAUGGGUACGCGGCCGGGACUCAGGGGUAUCCCGGGCAGAAUGUGAAUGCGUACGGACAGCAGGUGCAGGGCGGGUAUGCGCAGCAGCCGGGUGCCGGGGGGUAUGCCGUCGGGGCAGGAGCGGAGGGGUAUGGGUAUCCUCAGCAGGUGCACCCGGGGGUUGGUCAGGAUGGCGCGUGGGCGUACGGCGCGCCGGUGGGGGAUUAUAAUGCACAACAGCAACAACAGCAGCAGCAAUAUUAUUACCAGCAACAACAACAUCCGCAGGAACUUGCGGAGCCGGAGAGGCCGGUGGAGUUAAUGGGCGAGGGGCAUUAUAAGGAGGUGCCGUGAUAACCUACCUACCUAGGUACGUGGUUAAAAAAGAAAGGAAUAAAAUGUCCGGUGGGAGGUAAUGGUGUUUUUCAGAUAUAAAAAGGAAAACUUGACUCAGCAUUUACCUUCUAUGGCAUCCGAUAUCUGGUGUGGGCAUUUGGACACAAUGCGGGUAUGGGGUUAAACCGGUGUUCGGAGAGAAACGGAGAGCAGGAGGCUUGCGUCUGUAUAUAUAGGUAGAUACCUAAAUGCUUCUCGGCAUGAUACUGCAUAUGUCGUUGCAUAUAUAUAAUCGAACGGCGUAUAAUAAGUGCUAAAAGUGUUCGAAUUGACGACAGGUCAUUGUUCUCGUAGUAUCUAUGUGCGUAGUAUGACCCCUUUUUGGUUUCAUACGACAUGAGUAAGAACCCACAAGUUUAGCUUGCGAGAGAAAAUAUAGUUAAGAU